AUGAAAACAACUGUGUCGGCACCUGAAAACCUUAGCACAAACAUGAGUCCUGGUUUAUCAAGAUUAUGUCAAGCAUUUAGGAGUUUAGUGGUUUCAGGUAUCAGCAAAUGUGAAUAUCGAAAAUGUUUGCCUGGUCAUAUGAAGCUGUAUGACGUGUCUCGCAGCCAACAUACAUACUGCAGUAUACAAAGACACCAGUCUCUGCUUACACCUCUGCCACCUUACAUAUCAGGGGAUAAGCUUACAGUUAGUGGACCUCAUCUCCAAUUGGUUUCUCCCUUACCAGGUGCUAUACACAACCCUGGCAUUUUGCCUGUUUCCUUUUAUGACUGUCCUGUGACGCCAGCCAAAGACUUUGAUAUAAAUUUGCCAUUCCCUUCAGCAACCAUCAACAAGGAGGACCCGAACUCAUCCCUGAAUGAAUGGAUUAUAGAAAACCCCAAAGCAAUCCAAGCGAAAAACAUCCUCAAAAUUCGACGCAGGAAAAUGAACAAGCAUCGAUUGAAAAAGUUUCGUAAAAGGAUGCGAUUUGUUCGCCGCAAAGAGAUGCAUGCCCGUAGGAAAAAGAAGGAGAAAAUAUUUCAGGCAAAGCUUGAUGCCAAGAUCCAGCAGGGCAUAGACUUUGAUGCAGAAGAAUUUCUACAAGAGAGACUUGCAUUAGCCAGAAAAGGUGGCUAUAAAAUAGAUGUGUUUGGAAGGUGA